ACGACGUAAAUGAUCAAGACAGUUUCCUUGUGUCGUCAGUCAAAACCCUAAAAUCGUAAACGUCAACAUUUGAUAAUUAGAUAUGUGCUCUGAAAAAAAUGAAUCGAAGUGAAGGUUUUGUGAAAAGGCGAAAUGUAGCACGAGAAAAUAGUGACGGUUUACCAAAAGAAGACGGAGAUGAGCGCAAACCAAGCAGGGAUGAGGAAGUAGACGAAGGAGACUCCAAGGAAACCAGACUAACGUUGAUGGAAGAGGUAUUACUGCUUGGCUUAAAAGAUAAAGAAGGGUACACCUCAUUUUGGAACGACUGCAUUUCGAGUGGACUCAGGGGCUGUAUUCUAAUCGAAUUAGGUCUUCGAGGCAGAGUGGAACUUGAGAGGAAUGGCAUGCGAAGGAGAAGUCUCCUUGCUCGGAAACUCGUAGUGAAAAGUGACUCCACUGUAGGUGACGUUCUGCUAGAUGAAGCGCUGAAACAUCUAAAAGAGACAGAUCCUCCGGAGAGUGUACAAAGUUGGAUUGAAUACCUGAGUGGCGAAACCUGGAAUCCUUUAAAACUACGAUAUCAACUAAAGAAUGUCAGGGAGCGAUUAGCGAAAAACUUAGUUGAAAAAGGUGUUCUGACAACUGAAAAACAAAAUUUUUUGUUCUUUGAUAUGACCACGCAUCCCUUAACAGACAACGUAACAAAAACUCGUUUAAUAAAAAAGAUUCAAGAUGCAGUUCUUACCAAAUGGGUGAACAAUCCACAUCAUAUGGAUAAAAGGAUGUUGGCCUUAAUAUUCCUGGCCCAUGCAAGUGACGUUCUUGAAAAUGCUUUUGCUCCCCUAAAUGAUGAUGAUUACGAGCUGGCAACCAAAAGAGUAAGAAAACUUCUUGACCUAAACUUUGAGGAGGAAGCCAAUAAACCUAAUACUUGUGAGGUUCUUUGGGCAGUAUUUGCUGCUUUCACAAAGUAGCAUGGUUUAAAUUCUUCAUUAUAUUCAAAAUAGUAAAUGUAUUUGUAAUAUCUUUUGUAAAUUGUUUCAAUAAUAUUAUAUAUGUAUUACAAUUUGCAAAAAAGAUACAGAUAUAUAUCUAAAAUUGUUUAACUCUUAUUGACGACUUCAAUAAAAACGUAUUAUUAUUUUCCAUAAUCUUUUAAACCUUACGGUAUAUUUUCGCAAAUUGUAUUAUGUAUGUCAAUAAUUUUAUUUAGUUAUGCUUCUAAUGUUAAAUACAUAUUUUGUUAAGUGGCUCACCUCACAUAUUAAUUGUUUCCCAAAUUUCAGUUUGUUUACACUGUGAUAUCAAUUCUGAUCGAAAAGUAUUAGGUCUAUAAAUCGAGUCACUUUAAGUAUUAACUUUAGGACUUUUGGAAUUAAAUGGACAAAACUGUGCAACAUCAACGUAUUUUUAAAUAAUUAGUUACUGUUGAUAUUCGCCCAUUGAUUAUUUUAUGAAGUUCCAGUGAAAUUGUGCUCCCAAUUGUAAUUAUUUGUGUUGAUAGUAGUGAUUCUUAUGUAUAUUUCUGCAUCCCAUCAGAUACUAAUAUUUCCUUAUAGAAAACCUUGUUUGUCUUAGUUCUGAAGGCAAGUAACUACUUACAGUUAAAAAUAUUUGCUCUGACAGUGUCUGCCUUAUGCUUGAUUACAAAAAUAUUUCUUUAAAAAACAAGAUAAUUUGUUAGCAUCAGUAUGAAUUUAUAUGUUAAGUUAAGUGUAUGUCAUAUAAUAAAAGUAAAUGUCUCAAAA